AUGUCUUCAGCUUCGCAGCUACAACAAGGAAAUCUAGAUCGAUAUGUUGUCAUCCAUGUCGCUACAACAUGCGAUGAACACGGAGUUUAUGUGACCAAGGAUUCCGCCGAAGUAAUUGAGCUGGGAUGGAUGCUUUUAGAUGGGAAGACGUGUGAAGAGAUGCACCGUGAAAGCGUACUUGUAAAACCAAUCAAUACUCCAAUUACCCCCUUAUGUACUAGCUUGACAACUCUCACUUGGGAACACGUUCGUAACGCCGGCACUUUUCGCGACGCAAUCAACCGCUUUGAUGCUUUCGCUUCUGAACACCUUAUAUCCCAAAAUCUAGAUUUCUCCUUUGUCACUCUUGACUCCUGGGAUCUUAGAGUCCAACUACCGCGAGAAGCUCGGGACAAAGCCGUUGUCUUACCCCCAUAUUUGCAACACUCGCGAACCUUUGAUCUCCGGACCGAGUACCAACGCUGGCAACAACAUCAUCCUGAGUCCCUUCCGUUCGGUCCUUCAAUGCUCUCAAACAUCUGCGCAGCCCUUGAGGUUGAGCCUGUCCAGGCCAGUGCGCCAAUUAAACAUAAUCUACCUUUUCACCUUCAGGCGUUAGCACCAGCAUCUCCCCGCCGAGCCAUGGAAGAAGCUGUUACACUGGCACGGGUACUCAAAGGACUUAUUAGAAAAUCUCAACCUGCUCAUGAACACCCCGAUGUCCUCACUAGACCUAUGGAUGCUCGAGCCGAUGUCCGAGCCUUCCUAUCGGAGCGUAGCAAGGUUUUACACAUGGCCGGCCUGCCUCAUGAUACCACCCAAUCCGAACUUGAAAGCUGGUUCACUCAAUUUGGAGGUCGUCCCAUUGCUUUCUGGACAUUACGCACUCCAGACCAGCACAAACCCACGGGAUCUGGCUUCGCUGUAUUUUCGUCACACGAAGAGGUCGGUCAAUUCUUUUCCCCGUCUUCGUUUACAGUCUGCUCUGCUCACUCUAGUGCCUCUACGCGCGCGGCCGAGAGUUUGUGUAUGAACGGUCGCGCCCUGAACGAGAAGGCGAUUGAAGUUUCCCCUUCUUCGAGCCGAGUCCUUGAUCGAGCUGCCGAAAUUUUAACGCCAUUCCCGCCAAGCAAAAAUCGUCCACGUCCAGGAGAUUGGACCUGUCCGUCAUGCGGGUUCUCAAACUUUCAACGUCGAACAGCUUGUUUCCGCUGCUCAUUCCCAGCUAUGAGUGCCGGGCCCAGUGGAGACACCAUGGGUGGUUACGGAGGGGCUUACGGAUACGGGCCACCGGCUAUGAUGCCUCCACCCCAACAUGUGAACCAUCAUGGUGGCAUGGGUGGACAUGGAGGUGGGAGAAUGACCGGCAGUGGCGGGGUAGUCCCAUUCAGAGCGGGCGAUUGGAAAUGUGGGUCCGAUGGAUGUGGAUACCACAAUUUUGCAAAGAACGUUACCUGCCUCCGAUGCGGUGCUAGCCGUGCCGGUGCGGCAGUUGUAGCAGAUUCGGGCUACCCUUCGCCCAUGGAGAGCAACUCCAACUACGGAAUGGCACCUGGAUCAAUGACAGCUAACUCAGGACCUGGCCCCUUCGCUUCGGCAUCUGGUUUUGGGUCAGGCAGUGGAUAUGGUGGUCAUCAUUUUGGCGGUCUUCCAAGCACCUAUGCUUUACCAUCCGGUCUUGGAGCAGCCGUAGCUCCGUAUCAUUCCUUAAAUACUCAUUUUGGGAAUCCUGCAGGCGGCUCACAUUCUGCCGGCCCCUUCGACAGCCGUGCCGCCGAAGCUGCCUUCCAGUCUGCUAGCAAUGGGCCUGCCAGCGCCGGCGCGUCUAAUCUUUACAAUCAGCAAGUUGACGCCGAUCCUUUCGCUUUCUUAUCAACCGGAAUUGGAAAUCUGACCAUGAGCAGUGGAGAUGCGCGCCAAAAUGGUGGACCACAACUCGCUGCUUCUAGCAAGUCUCCAGCCUGA